UAGUCUCACCCCUCUCGCGGUCCGUUCUCCAGAUGCUGCAGCUCGUCUGAUCUACGCCUAUUCCCGGCCAACCACCGUGCUAUCCCUCAGAGAGAAUAGAAAGGAUAAGGUGGGACACAACGAAAAAUAAAGUAGCCUAAUUUGUAGUUUAGACCUAUCCAGGACAGUCAGAGCGAAUAUCCAUCGACAUAGAAAGUAUUGAAAACCCCGCCUUUACUCGUCUCGCCAUCUCUACAUUUCUCCCACCUACUCUCACCUACUUUUUCUCUCAAUCCUUCUUCCUAUUAAAAUUGUUUUUGACUGGAUGGAAAGAUGUGGAUAAACGGCGGAAGUGGUCAGGCCGGACCCUAAUCUCAAAUACCGACCCACCGGGCCGUCACGAGCGCAGCAAGCAGAUUAUAUUCAACAGCACGGAGCUAUACUUUCUCCGGUUGGACUGAUUUCCUGCUCAGCGGGCGAAUUUUCUGCUCAGCAUAUAGGAAACCUCCGUCUGUUCUGUGCGCUCUAACUCUCGUACAUCGCCUUGGACCUCAGAGAAAAGGGAUUGGGACCAAAGAUGGUGUCCAGUCUGAGCGCUUGGUUCUGGAAUGAGCGGCUGUGGUUCCCUGAGGGGCUGGGCUGGGCUGACCUGGAGGACAAAGAUGGCCGUGUCUACGCCAAGGCCAGAGACCUCUGGGUGGCGCUACCCAUCGCCGUAGCCUUCCUCGUAAUACGACAGAUCUUCGAGAGGUUAGUGGCCACUCCCCUGGCUGCUGUCAUGGGGGUGAAGGAGAAAGUUAGGCUCACAGUGUCACACAACCCCACACUGGAGUCAUUCUACCGUAACACAACCAAGAACCCCACACAGAGUUCUAUAGACAGCCUGUGUAAGCAGACAGGUUGUUCAGAGAGACAGGUGCAGAGAUGGUUCAGGAGACGCAGGAACCAGGACCGACCCAGUCUACUGAAGAAGUUCAAAGAGGCCAGUUGGAGAUUCACCUUUUACCUUCUUGCUUUCAUUGCUGGCCUGGCUGCCCUCAUCGACAAACCCUGGCUGUAUGACUUUAAGGAGAUGUGGCAGGGCUUCCCUAUUCUGACUCUCCUGCCGUCUCAGUAUUGGUACUAUAUGAUAGAGCUGGGUUUCUACGGCUCUCUAAUCUUCAGUGUGGCGUCAGACGUCAAGCGGAAAGUAAGUGUGCACCAUGCCUGCUCUAUAAAACACACUAUGCUUGUAACAAUCAAGUAUACAGUAUACAAAUGAACCACUAAAAAUGGUGGUACAGAAUUCCUUUACUUACAGUCCUAUUCACUUUAAGAGUCAGUCAAUUACAGCACGCAGAUCAUCCAAAUAUUCUUCCAUACAGGGGGAGUAGAGUUUACAAGAUCAGGGAUAGUGGUUAACCAAGCCUGCACACUCUGUUAGCUACAAGUGAUUCAUUGAAAGCAGUAAGCAAGUCUUUCCGAUCCCUUUCCUGCUGUUGGCAUGGUGUUGACCCUGUGCUGACAACCAGGGGUUACUGUCAUGGCACUGAUGACAGUGUCAGUGUGUAUAGGGACAGGGGGCAGGGGACUACUGCAGGAGGUGGACAUUAGACUGAAAUGACGUGUUUGUGUGUGUGGAGCCGGAGGUUUAAAGGGGAGUUUGUCAGUGGACUCUGCUCCACUAGGGCAGGUCAGUACAGACAGCAUGUACAGUACCAGUCAAAGGUUUGGACACACCUACUC